AUGAACGGCCAAAGUAACAAUGCCAAUGGCUGGCACCGUCCACAAGAAGUCAGGAAUAAUGAUCCUCGUGCACUGUUAUCUACCUACCCCAUCGCCAGUGUCACGCCCGUCAUGCAGCCUGGCAUGCAUUUGAGUACUCUGACGCAGCUCGCUCCAGUCCCAACAUAUAUGCAGCCGCAUCUCGUACCAGGCUUUGUCCCUGACGCGUUUAAUACGAGAAAUUCGCGUCCACAAGACCAUCUAUCAAGAUUAUCCUCGACUUCGGUGCCCACAAACGGCCACGAGAGGGCGUACUGGGACGCAAAUCAACAACAGGCCGUGAGACUGAUCAACCCUCCCAUGCAACAUGUCCAGCAUGCUUCAAAUUCCGCCCAAUAUCAAAUGCCUACUCCCCCUCAGUAUCAUCCGAUGCAUCAAAGCAGGAAUAUUUAUGCACCUCAGCACCCCCCGAACGCGUUUGUUCACUCUAUACUCCCGUCCGGUCCAUAUGCGCCGCGUGAAGCCCCUUUAUACGCUCAAGCCGCUCUCCAUCCUCCCAGAUAUGCUCCACCGGAGGAUUCGCCAAGAUUCUUUAGCGAAUUUCUGCAACAAAAGUCUCACGAAAUGCGAGAAUCCAAAGCACGCUCCUACCCAACAAAUCCACCGUCAUCCUACCCUCCCCAGAAUAGUCAAUCAACCUAUAACUCCAUGCCCUUAUCUAGAAUGCUUAGCCAAACACCGCAAAAGAGAAAGGCGGGCGAAGAUCACCCCAACUCGCCUUCACUCAAGCGAGUGCAUUCGUCGGAUCAGAUGAGUUGGAGUCCAGUCAAGCAGGCAUCUCUUACGUCAAGUCCGGUUCCUCCCUCGGCGAAUACCAGUCAUCCAAACCAGAAACCAUAUGUUGAAGUACCCCCUCCGGUGCCGUGGAGCGAGGCAAAUGUCACUCCUCGACGACCAACCAAACGACCAGACCAAUUUCAUACUCCCUCACCUAGUCCCAAACGUGGUAGUGAGCGUGAUUGGCAACUAGCGUCAGAUGACGAGGCCAUGUCCUCACGUAUUGUCCCGCCUUCUACUCAAAGCAGAUUUGGUGGGGAUGAACGCAGCGCCCUGGACAGGCUACUGUCCUUCAUCGAUGACAUUUUUGAGGCCGAGGACAGUGUGCCGGCAGAUGGUCCUGCUGAAGAUUCUUACGAAUCCACUGGUUUCUUCUCGAAGAUGACGACCGACUGGUCACGCCCAAAUCUCAGUGUGGAAUUCAUUGCCAGGUUGGCCAAGAUUGUGGACCAAGUGGCUCAACCAAAGCAACGGGCCCGUCGUGAUGCACUUUUUCACUCUCCCUCGGUCAACCGGUCUGAAGGUCUAAGUGGCGUUGACGUCCAAUUGCUUUCAAGAAUCAUCAAAAUCUUGGAGAGGAGCGUCGUCGCCGGAGAAGAUGUCGAACCGUUUCCAGGUCCUACUGUCAAACUCGGCGGUCUCUCAUCUGCUGAUGGUAAUGGGAAGAGUCCGUCCAAAGGGAAGAAGACAAAGCGAGCAAAGACGCCAGAGGGUAGGAAGACACGGAGCAAGUCGCGCACCCCAGUCGAUCCUGAUGAUCCGACUGAGGUUGACAUGAGCAAGGUGGAACGCGCGCUUCAAUUAGCUUAUGAAUCCGUACUUGCUGCAGACGCUUGCUUUGCCAUUCUCAGUGUCGAACAGCUUCCGAAGCAGCUCUACUCGGAAGAGCUCAUUACCUCGUGCCUGAAUACAGUCAAGAAUCAGCUCACCAGGAUAAUCUACCCGUUCUUGGAGGCGAACAGCGAAGUUCAAGAUCAAAUAAGCCAGUCACUGUUGCAUAUCGUCAAGCAUUCGGACCAACAAUCAAACGGAUUACGGAGGGCAGUCUCCGAGAUCUUUCAAACACUUGUAUCCAUCUUCCCACGCAUCGACAGACUUGUCAGUCUCUCUGGAUUCGCUAUGUCCGAGUCCAUCACCAUCCAGUCAGUUUUCAUUGCAAUUGGUCCAUUCUUUGUUGCAGAACCUGCGAUGGAUGGUCGUGGAGGGAAAGGUUCCGUGGUCAUUUCGACUCUUGGAGGUGCUACAUCUUUACGUGGCCUGAGACUUUCUGCUCUCUCCUUGAUCCGCAGUCUUUUUGCAAAUAAUGAAGAUCAAAGACAGUGGAUCGUGGAGGAGAUCCUUACAUCUUUGAUAAAACUUCCAGACCUAAAGCAUAAAAGCGGGCAAUUCCGCCUCCGAGACGGCAAAUCGAUACACACUGUCUCAGCCUUGUUAUUUCAACUCGUUCAAACAUCGCCACACCUACUGCGAUUUGAAUGUCACAACCUUGCCAAGAAGCGUCGAUAUGCUCCAGAGCAAGGCAAGGAGUUUGAGUUUAGCGAGAUUGACCAAACAGAGAUUUCCGUCUAUGCCAAAGGUUUGGACUCGGCACACAGAGUGGCACGAACCAUUGUAGUUUUCCUCACUCAAAGGUCGGGAAAGACGAAAGCAGCCAAAUCAUCCAACGAAACUGAAUACCGAGCAAUUUUGGACAACUUAGUGGCGGAUUUAUUGACGGUUCUUUAUCUUCCUGAAUGGCCCGCUGCUACACUGUUGCUUGGAGUGCUUACUCGUCUUUUUGUUGCCUCGCUCGAUGAUGUCAAAACAAAUGCGAGCCUAGACAAUAGUGCAACUCGUGCGACGGCAUUAGAUCACUUGGGAACUAUUGCAGCGCGACUUCGGGCCGCUUCAAUCUCGGCCUUGCGACAACAAGGCAAAGCUCCGUUGACUCCUUUGGAGGAGGCUGUGAAGGCAAUGGAUCUCGACAAGAUAUCAGCACUCAUCCAUGCACAUGAGGAAAUCUCAAGCUACCUCGCAAAAAAGGCUGCGGAGGAUCAAUCGUACUCGAGUGCACAAGAUCUUUCUGGGGCUGCGUGGGGUCACGAACUCGCCAAUGCACUUACCACUUGUGACAAGACGAUGCAUCCCAAUGGAGAUGACGAAUAUGCACCAGACCUGCCCAAAGAGCUGCUGGAAGUGGUCAAAGUUCUCAAACGGGCACUCCUUGGAAUAUGGGUGGGAUCCUCUGGUGACGUCUUCAGUGUUGGGAAUGAUAACGACACUGUCAAAGCAGAUGCACUCUCAGAACGCCUUGGAAGUCUAUCAUCGCUGAAUAGUGCAUUCGAUCCCAUCUUGAACGUCAUUCUCGGAUCACUGGAUGCAGCCGCCGUGUUCAUGAGAACGAAAGGUCUCAGAGCAUUGGGUCAAAUAUUAGCCAGUGAUGCGCUUCCAAAUGUGCGUGCUGCUAUUGAGGAGCACCUUCUCGACAACUCGGCCGCUGUAAGAGAUGCUGCGGUUGAGCUCAUUGGGAAAUACGUGCUCCAGCUACCUGAAGUAGCUAAUGACUAUUACGAGAAGAUUGCCGAUCGCAUUUUGGACACUGGUCUGGGUGUUCGGAAGCGAGUCAUCAAGCUCCUCAAGGUCUUUUAUCAAUCUACAACUGAGAUCGGUCGACGAGUGGAUAUCUCGGCAAGACUUGCAAAUCGCAUGCUCGACGAAGAUGACGGUGUCAAGGACCUCGCGAUCAAAACUUUGGAAGAACUAUGGUUUGGUGAUGGAAGCCUUCCGCAGCCGACAAGUGAGGACGAAGAAAAACUUCAGCUCAAACCAACUGUCACAGUCAUACUCGGUGUAGUGGCUCAACGCGAUCGACAUGGCAACGUCAGCGAUUUCCUGCAUCGGAUUACUGUAGAUCGUUCAGAGAAGGAGACUCAAUGGCUCCACGACAAGUAUAUGAAGAUCUGUGAUGCGCUAAUCGACACCUUGGUUGACGGUGAGAGUACAACAGGAUUCAACGUCCUCUCAUGUGUUCGGGCUGUACAAGUAAUUGUCUCUGCUCAGCCUUCUGUUAUCUCCAGUUCAAAGGCGAUGACUCUACUUCCUUAUCUCAAGCAUGCUACUACAUCCGAAGAACAACUGGUGGCAGACAGUCUCCUCCGCAUAUUCCGACACUGUAUUCCAGCUAUGAGCAAGAGCGCCAUAAAGUUUGGACAGGAGCUUCAAGCGAAUCUGCAAUCUGUCAUCGUCAAGCCGUCAGCAGCUGGAGGUCUACAGACAAUGCAAGAGGCAAUCGCUUGCUUCUGCGUGGUUAUCACGCAUAUCACGCAAGAGUUUAAGAGGGUUAUAGGGCUUCUCAAGUCAUGCCUUGCGAGAUUAAAGGAUGCCACGACCAAGUUCCAGGCGCAACCUGGAAACGCAACUCUGAAUCGUCAGAUUCAACUUUUGGCAUGCAUGGUCGCACUCAUUGGCGAACAUUGUAACCUCGACUCUGUUCGAGAAACCCGGCCAGAACUCGCGGCUGAGAUCCAGAGCAUCUCAAAGGAUUCGGUCAACGAGCAUAUUUACCAUACUCUGGUCGACCUUUACUCCAAAUUUGAAGAUUCCUCUGUGCAGAAUCGCAUUCUCCAAUGCCUUGGAUUCUUAUUCCGUGCAUACCCUACGCUAAUGACUGGCCCUCUGUCUGCCGACUUGAUGGACCGAAUCUUUGCCUCUGAGGAUCAGGAGCUUCAAAGUAGACUUCUAAGAAUUCUUCAAGACUUCUUAAACUCAGAAUCCGCAAAGCACGCUGCUCAAGAGAAAGCUGCACUAAAGAGUAAUAAGAAAACAAACAAGACAGUCGACAUGGACGCGUUUGUUGGAAACACCCAAGGUUUCGCGGAGUCUGGUGUCAGCUCAGCCGUUGUCCAGCGAUAUCUUCCUCAGAUCUUGGAAGCUGCUCUCGCAAAGAACGUGGUCGUGCAGAAUGCUGCUGUUGACAUCCUUGGAUUCACGAUCAAGCAAGGACUUGCACAUCCUCUUCAGGCAUGUUCACCUUGCCUACCGGUGAUUAUUGCUCUUGAGACAUCAGAGAACCAGCAGUUGAAUGGUAGAGCGAGCGCUCUUCACACCAUUCUUCAUUCGAAGCACGCUUCGCUUAUCCACAGUCGCUAUUUAGAAUGUGCACAAGUUGCAUUUCAGUAUCAACAGAAGGUUAACGAAGGUGGAGCCGUUUGCGGAUUCCGCUAUACGACGACCACUGCGGCUGUUCUCCACAAAUGGUACUCGCUCGUCAAGGAAAAACGCCAGACACGAAUGGAUUUUAUACGCACUAUCACCAAAUCAUUUGACGUCGACUCGACAAAGCUGUCUUCCCGCCAAGAAGACGUCGACUUUGUGCGGUUUAUCGUUGAGAACCUGUCCGCCUUUGAUUACAAGACUCAGGAGGAGGUACUAGCUGUCAUAAGAGCGGCAACUAACGUUCUCUCUGUUGCGGGUAUGCAGAUGAUGGAGAUACUUGCACCGUCGGAUCUUAUGAAGCAGCUUGAAGGAGGCAUCCUCCCUCCAGCGGCAGAAGGUGAUCCCAGUGAACCCCUUCCUGUCCAAGAACCCUUGAGCCGCAAUUUUGAACCGUUUUCGAUGGCAAGGGCGUCAAUCAUCUUGGCAAUGCUCCUACUCCUCAAGGCACAUCUCAAGGGCAUGUAUGGAAUCAGUGAAGAAAAGUGCGCAAAGUGGGAACCUAACAAGAAAUCGGCAAUCGGCGACAAGGCUGCAGUGCGCAAAGUUGAUCGGCCAUUAUAUUGGGAAAAGCUACCGUUCGCCACGACGCCAUUACAGACCGCAGAAGAUGUCGAGACCCAGAAGCAGAGGUUCGUGCAACUGUGGGAGGCAGAUCCUGCGAUUGCAGAGCCGGAAGACGACGUGAUGAUACUCGAGGUCGCUUAG